AUGUCUCUGUUCGGUGAAUAUCCGUGCACUAAUCAAUCAGUUGCUCCAAUCCACAUUGCGUUCACGACGGCCGCAGUAACUGUUCCUUUAUGUCUGUUUACGGUCGCUGGGAAUGUACUCGUCGUGUUAGCAAUCUUCAUCGAUCCAAACAAAGAUCUCAAGUCACCUUUUAACUACUUUGUGGCCAGCCUUGCCAUUAGCGAUCUUUUGGUGGGAUUCGUCGUCGACCCGACUUCGGUAGUGUAUCAUGUAAUGGAAGGAACUGCGAGAAAAAGACCACCAGCAUCCUAUCUUCACGUGCCGUACUUCAUUUCGUGUACAGCUUCUAUUCUCAGUUUGGCAGCUUUAACACUGGAUCGAUAUUUGGCGAUAACGUCUCCGCUAACCUACAGAACAAAGUUAAAUCCUAAGCGAGCAGGUUUUGUGGCGGCUGGCAUCUGGUUAUUCUCACUAAGUUUCCCUUUCAUAUACCUUGUCACGGGUUUCCUCACAUAUUCAUUUGUCUUCCUCCACACAGUCGUGAUUGGCACUCUCUUAAUCAUCAUUCUUACUUAUCACAAGAUCCUUCGUGUAUUAAAAAGUCAAAUGGAACAGUGGAAUUCUUUGGAUCAGACGAACGUAGACAAUCAGGCGAAGAGACAGGCAGCAAGAUGGGAACAGAAAGUAACCGAAACCUUUAUUAUCAUACUGGCUUUCUUCUUAGCAUGCUAUCUUCCUGCCUGUAUCUGCAUUUACAUUGUUAACUUAUGCAAAGCGUGCAGUUGCACUCUUAUACACUGGGCAAGAGAUAUUCCUGCUCUUUUGAUCACGGCUAAUUCAGGAGUGAACCCUUUUGUGUAUGCCUGGCGGUUUGAAAAUUUCAGGAAAGCGUUCGCAAAACUUCUGGGGAACAGAGAGUACUGUAGAAAACAAAGACAAAGAACUUUAACAUUUGACAACAUAGCCAUGCAGGGAACAGAAAGUAACUAAGGCUGCUAUCACAAUAUUGGCUCUAUUCUUGCUGUAUCUCCAGUUAUACCUCUAUUCACUUCAGUGGGUCAGAGAUUUUAAUUUUAUUUUGAUCCUCGCCAUUUCAGGAGCGAAUCCGUUUGUUCGUGCUCAAGUUCCGCAAGGCAUUUUUAAAAUUAUGAGACGUACAGAAAGUGUUAUGGUUAUUUGAGGGAAAGAACAUUAGAAUUUGACACCCUUAAAGGGAAUACUUCAAGUUAUUUAGAGCAGCAAAGAGAAAACCUGCCAAAAAAUACGGCGAAGUCUGAAGAUACAAUUAUUUUUAUCAAGAACGUCUUCUUCUUUGGCUGGGAAAUCCCGAGCCUAAAAACUCAUCAAGACCUCAAGUUAACAAAGUGGCGAACGAAUACAAUUUGUAUAUAUUUUAAAAUUGUUGACUGCCAAUACACAAUAAUUCCUUGAACAGGGAUUAAGACUUUCAACAAUUUGUGUUGGUAAAAAGUGUUGACAAACCUAUCACGACGCCGACCCUGGCGAUUUUGUUGGACUUGGACACCUAGCAUAGUUUAGACUGAAGGAGUACUCCUAUUAAGGCUUUCCUCCCCUAAAUGAGAUGAGGGGAAGGUCUUUGUAUAUUUUUUUAAGUAAAAAUCGCUUUUUAAGAAAUGCAAUAUUGUCCACUGAUAUUUUCUUCAGAGUGGGUAUUAUGGAUAACAUUGUGUGGCAACGGGUGGAAGUUUUUGAGGGGUAUGAAAUUCACUCAGUUCUAAGUACUUCACUUCUGACACCAAAUACACUCAACUAAAUCCGCCAAUCACAAAUGUUAUUAGAACAACCAUGGCACUAACUUACCCAAGAAAACUGAGAAAAAGUGUUUAUAAAGAAACAAACGACAAUAGACAUAAGAUGGGGGACAGGGUAUACAAUAACUUCCUCGUGUGGUUGGCAACAACAUACGAUAAGGAUAGAGGUUCCCUUAUAGUCUACUUUGCUUGAUGAUUGAUGCCCAACCACCUAUUAAAAAUGCCUUCUAGGGCUGUCCUAUGCGUAGCUGUUCUAUCGCUUUUUCUGUUGCUUUUUUAUUUGCUAUUGCUUGCAUCGGUCACACCGAACUUGACUUAAGCUGCGAGUCAACGCUGCCUUAACCAGCCUGUUUCAAAUUCAUGUUGAAUAUCCCUAUUUCACCGUCAAUCACAGCACUAUGUGUCGGCAUUGAAAAUCAUGUUGUCUUAUACGCUUCUUGGUCGUGCUUACCAGUGCAAUGGUGAUGUUUGAGAUGCUCAUGUCGUGGUCUAGUAAGUAAUUAUGCAGUUGUUCGUGCAAUAUUAAAUUUUGUUCUUCCAACUCAACUUCUGGAAGUAGGGUUAACCAGAAUAUAAGCAUAUAACCCAUAAGCUUCUGGUUUAACAAUUUGGUGACUUUGAUCUAGUCUCUUGCGCCCUUUCCACGACCGAAACAACUUCUACUACGGACUGCCAGACUUCAUCCGGGCUCCCAUAAAAUUGCAACACAUGCCGCACUAUCUUUCGCGAAUAAAAAUGUUUUAAUAACUUUCUUAAACCUAUUUACGGACGCAAUGUUUGUGAUGGAAAACGGAAGAUGAUUCCACAAAGUAGGCUGCGUAAAAAGAAUAAUCGCCAAGUGUAACGAGUGAUUUACGCUUACAAGGAGGAAGGCAUAGACCAUCAUUUGAGCGUAAAUUAUGUCUUCCGGUGUCUCUAACAGAAAUAAGGUCGCUUAUACAAGCAAGGGCAAGACUAGGUAAUUAAGAGAAUUUUAAAAGCAAUACGACAUCAUACAGGCAGCCAGUGUAAUGACUUCAGCAGAGGUGCGAUGUGACAAAAUAUGUUCUCCUGGAAUAUUAGGCACACAGCUCUGGGUAUUCUGGACUAUCUGUAACUCAUGUAGAUGACAUUCGCAAGCUACAAACAAGAGACUGUUACAAUAGUCCAGGCAGCUUGAAAUAAAACAUGUGUAAAUGUCUCUGCACAAGUACUUUCUAAUUCUUCUAAAAUUGUAAAGAGGACAAAACGCUGCAGAACUAGUCCUCUAGUAGUGAUAUGAUCAAUCAUAGAAAGGUUUGGGUCAAGCCAGACUUCAAGAUUUUUUAACAGGAGAGUACGGAGUUACAUUUACAUUACCAACUUAGACGUGGCCAAUAUUUAGUAUGGAGAGGUGCAGCUUCGUGCCAUUAAAAAGUAACUCAGUUUUAGCCUCAUCCAACAGUAGUUCAUUGUCACCCAUCCAACACCUGAUCGCCUUAAUACAACGCUCGAUAACAUGCAGCGAUGGUAUCCAAGUGACCCGUGUCAUAUGCGGGGCUGAAGGAGAAUGAAAGGUGGGUGUCGUCUGUGUAGCAGUGGACAGAUGGAAUAUAAUCUUGAACAACAUCUAGUGGCGAGAUCGAACAAAUGAAUUAUCUCAAGAAAGGAGCCUUGAGGAACUCCGCAUUUUAAUUGAAACUCCUCAGGCUGACACCCACGAGCUGAUAUCCGCUGAGUAAGCCCUGAUAAAUACGAUCGCAACCACUUAAAUACCCUGUCCCCAAGUCGCACCUUGUUGAGUGCCUUCAGCAAAAUACUGUAGUCGACAGUAUUAAUUGUAGCACAAAGAUGUCGUUGUUAACUUUCAGGAGAGCAGUUUUAGUGUUGUGGUUCUCCCUGUCAGCCGAUUGCGCAGUCGGAUAUAAGUUCGUGUCAACCAUGUGAUCAUGUAUCGGAUGAAAAACUUCUUUCUAGAAAACUUCGAUGAGAAAGCCAAACUUAGAGGAUAUUAUGCGGCGGCGACAAAAUAUCAAUUUUAAAGUGGUAAGGACAAUAUCUCACGAGUGAGCCCAAGUAUCGCUCUUGCUACGAACAUAAAAUUCAUAUCUUCGAGCUAACGUGUAAUUUUCUUUUUUGUAUACGGACAAUAAAUUCAUCGUUGUCGUUUACCACAAAAUCUUUGCGGUGGCCAUUAUUCCAAACAACGAACAAACCACGUUCAUUCAGCAAAGUUUGAAAAGGCGGAAAUCGUGUCGUCAUCGCUUAAUAUGCCCAUUCGUGUUUUAUACGAAAAAAGUGUCACUCUGUUCCCGGAUGUAGUGAUUGUAUUGAUUCUACGAGUGUUUUAGUUCCCUAUCAAAGUGUUUUUAUUCUUUGAAGAUGUUUGAUAAAGUUGGGGCUUAUAGACCGUAUCAUGAAACAUCAUUAUCAAAAUUAAAAACAUUGUCUCCGACUCAUAGUCUAAGCAAGAAGUAAAAUCCAGUGGGCUCGAAUUGAAAGUAAAGUACAGACUGUGCGAUUUUGAGACGCCAAUAUCACAAAAUAUUGGCGGACUUAGGAGGAACUGUUUUUACGUAUUACUAAUUCGAGCUUCGUAUCUUCCAUUCAAUCCCAUCGUCUGAUUGUAAUUUACUUUUAGUAGCGCUGAAAAUUUGAUUGAGCUUCAUGUCUCUGUUCGGUGAAUAUCCGUGCACUAAUCAAUCAGUUGCUCCAAUCUACACCUCGUUUACUACGGCCACGAUAUGUGUUCCGCUGUGUCUAUUUACCAUCGCCGGAAAUUUACUCGUCGUGUUAGCAAUUUUCAUCGAUCCAAACAAAGAUCUCAAAUCACCUUUUAACUACUUUGUGGCCAACCUUGCCAUUAGCGAUCUUUUGGUGGGAUUCGUCGUCGACCCGACUGCGGUGGUGUACCAUGUAAUGGAAGGAGUUGAGAGGAAACUGCCACCUUUACCCUACUUUCACAUACCGUACUUCAUUUCGUGUACAGCUUCUGUUCUCAGUUUGGCAGCUUUAACACUGGAUCGAUAUUUGGCGAUAGCUUCUCCGCUGUUCUACAGAACACAGCUGAAUCCAAAGCGAGCAGGUUUUGUGGCGGCUAGCAUCUGGUUAUUUUCACUAAGUUUCCCUUUCAUAUACCUUGUCACGGGCUACCUCACAUAUUCAUUCGUCUUCCUCCACACAGUCGUAAUUGGCACUCUCUUAGUCAUCAUUCUUACUUAUUACAAGAUCCUCCGUGCAUUAAAAGAUCAAAUGGAACAACUGAAUUCUUUGGAUCAGACGAACGUAGACAAUCAGGCGAAGAGACAGGCAGCAAGAUGGGAACAGAAAGUAACCGAAACUUUUAUUAUCAUAUUGGCUCUCUUCUUAGCAUGCUAUCUGCCUUCCUGUAUUUGCAUUUACAUUAUUAACUUAUGCAAAGUUUGCAGUUGCACACUUAUUCACUGGGCAAGAGAUAUUCCUCUCCUACUGAUCUUAGCCAAUUCAGGAGUGAACCCGUUUGUGUAUGCCUGGCGAUUUGAAAAUUUCAGGAAAGCGUUCGUAAGACUUUUG